UCGAUGGCGCAGACGGAUAGACUUAAGUUCAGCGCGAUGAGGCUGCUUGGGAACGGCCUAUUCGAAAUAGGCGCAUACGCGGACGCGUUGUCCGCGGAAAGGGCCGAGUUAUCUAUACUGAUGCGAUUUGGCGGACAAGAGGUUGACAUUCUCGCCGUGCAGAGCAACCUUGCGUGCACGUAUGAAGCUAUAGGACGGGGAGACGAGGCCAUGCGUUUACGGAAGGCAAUUUACUCCGGACAUUUGAAGCUCCACGGAAAAGUACAUGAGUUAACCCUCGUAGCAGCCAACAAUUACGCGGUGUCCCUUCGCGAUCUGCUGCGCUUCGAAGAAGCCAAGUCACUUCUGCGCAAAACGAUGCCCGUGACCCGCCGCGUGCUCGGAGAAGGGCAUAGACUCACACUCAAGAUGAAGAAAAUUUACGCGGACUCGCUCUACAAGGACCCCACCGCCACGCUCAACGAUCUCCGCGAGGCCGUGACGACGCUCGAGGACAUGGAACGCAUCGCGCGGCGCGUGCUCGGUGGAGCGCACCCGAUGACAGAGGAGACUGAGCGGGAACUGCAAGAGUCCCGAGCAGCGCUCCGCGCCCGCGAAACGUCGUCGUCUGGGACGGGGUAA